CUCUGAUGGCUGGCCUCCGGGCAGCCACCAGGAAACCAACGAAUUUGUCUAAGGUAAAUUUGAUAAGGCAGGAGCCAAAUGAGAGCCCAGCAGCCUUUUUAGAGAGGUUAAUGGAGGCUUUCAGGCAGUAUACGCCCAUGGACCCUCAGGCUGAUGAGUCACGCGCAGCAGUCUUGCUAGCAUUUAUUAAUCAGGCAGCUCCGGAUAUUAGGAGGAAGUUAUACAGGAUAGAGAGGCUGGGAGAACAGUCAAUACAGGAUCUGGUGAGAGCAGCUGAGAAAGUGUUUAAUAACAGAGAGACCCCUGUGAAGGUAAAGCAGUACCCCAUGAGUCAGGAGGCCCAACAAGGAAUCACGCCACACAUACAGCACCUCCUGAAGGUAGGGAUUCUUAAAAAGUGCUGGUCCCCAUGGAAUACUCCCCUGCUGCCUGUGAAAAAGCCCGGGGGAAUGGACUUUAGACCCGUCCAAGAUCUUCGUGAAGUCAACAAACGGGUGAGUGACAUUCAUCCCACUGUCCCUAACCGAUACACCCUCCUGAGCGGCUUGCCACUAGACUACAUCUGGUAUACAAUCUUGGACUUAAAAGAUGCCUUUUUCAGUUUGCCUCUGGCCCCCCAGAGCCAAGAGAUCUUCGCAUUCGAAUGGACUGAUGAAGACAGUCAAACUGUAGGACAGCUGACCUGGACUCGCCUUCCACAGGGAUUUAAAAACUUGCCAACAUUGUUCAACGAGGCUCUAGGCGAGGACCUCUCUGGACCUGGUAGCUGCUGGAUGGCCGCCCUGUCUCCGUAUCAUCGUGGCUGCUGCUCUCCUUGUCCAUGACACUGACAAGUUGACUUACAGACAGCUUCUCCUGGUCUACACUCCCCAUGCCAUAGAAGGGAUCCUCAAACAGCCACUGGGUAAGUGGAUCUCUAAUGCUCACUUAGCCCAUUACCAAGCCCUGCUGUUAGAUG